UCAGAUCAGUAUUAACCCAUAAAAGUCUCUCUCACCGUUCAUAUCAUAUUUAUAUAUAUUGAUAAGGUGGUAAUCGUGCAGACGUUACAUGCAUUGUAUUGAAAACAAAAGUUUAUUUCCCGAGAAACAAACGGAUCAGACCCUUUUGAUUCUCUUUAUUACUUCGUUCUCUGUUCUUUCUUUGUUAAAAGAAAAACAAAGCCUUUUCUUCUCAGUUUUAGCUGUAAAGGAGAUGGCAAUACAAGCGCAGCUGAGUUACAACAACGCUCCGUUCAUCGGAACUGGUGGCCCCGAGUUUUCGCUGAUCAACGACGAUGGCGGAAUCCAAAUCGACCAGUCGUAUACGAACCAACAAGCUCUGUUUCACCAUCAACAGAACCGUUCUCAGGGCUUUUUAGACGUUCAUAUGGAGAAACAGAGGCAAGAGAUCGAUCAGUUCAUCAGAAUACAGAGCGAGAGUUUGAGAUAUGCGUUGCAAGAACAGAGGAAGCAAGAAACAGAGACGAUCUUGAGGAAGAUGGAGACGAAAGCUCUGGUUUUGAUGGCGCACAAGGAAGAAGAGAUGUCGAGAGCGUUGAGCAAGAACAUGGAGCUCGAGAAUCUUCUGAGGAAGAUGGAAACGGAGAACCAAACGUGGCAGAGAACGGCUCGUGAGAACGAAGCGAUGGUCGCGACGCUCAACUCGACGCUUGAACAGGUUCGUGAGAGAGCCGCGGCGUGUCGCGACGACGGUACAGCGGCGGAGGACGAAGGGUCUUUCUGCGGAGGAGACGACGGAGAUAAUUUUCCGAUGAGUAGUUGUUGCUUGAACUGUGGGUCUAGUGGAGAGACGAGAGUGGUGUUUCUGCCGUGUAGGCAUCUCUGUUGCUGCACGGGUUGUGAGGAUGGUCUAGCUCUCUGUCCGAUCUGUAAUACACCCAAGAAGAAUAGAAUCGAGGCCUUUGUUUUCUAGGGAGAAACAGUUUUCUUCUCGUUCUCUGAAGUUGGUAUGAGAUGUAGAAAAAGCCUUCGAGUCCGGUGAACGGAGAGAUUUUUACUCCGGGAAGAUGACGUGGCAGAGUGACUAGGAUAAAGGUUAUCAAGAAGUAAAUUUCUAGGAUUUUAUUUUUCCUAUUUUGUUUUUGUUUCUUUUGCAUCAAUGGAAAGAUGAAGUCCAGCUGGAUAUAAAUAGAAUAUUCAUAUUUUCUUCUAACUUAUGAAAAUUUGGAUAUAA